AUGGAGUCUGAGAAACCUCCUCCAACAUUAACUAAUCCACGCUUCACACUCGAGCUCGAGUUCGUUUCAUCCCUUGCCAAUCCAUAUUAUCUGUCGCAUUUAGCCGUCACCUACCCCGGUCUUCUGGGCAUCUCCCGCGCCGACGAUGACAAUGAUUCCUCCUCACCAGAUGCUCAGGCAUUUGCCGCAUACCUAGCCUACCUCUACUCCUACUGGAAGACACCUCAAUACUCCCAGUUCCUCACACACCCCGGUCCCACACUUCGAGCUCUCCGGUUGCUUCAAGAGGACGCCUUCCGUCGCGAUAUUAUCUUACCUCAAGUCAUCGAAGGGCUGGUAGGGAUCAGUGUGCCUGAACCUUCAACCGAGGCCGACACAACAGCUGCAGACGACAAACCAGACGGUCAAAAUGGAAAGACAUGA